GUUGCCUAUUAAAGCCUGUAGACUGAUUUUCAUGUGAAGGGAGCGGGUCGCUUUUGCCGGGAAAAUCCAAAGGAUGUGAUGUUAUGCGUGCUCCCGAGAGCCUUCUAUUGAAUCCCGUCCUAAGCGGAAACGUGAUCGUGGUCGAACGAAAGCUAGAGUGAACAUCAGCAGGGCAUUUGAUUCCUGAAGGGACCUAUGUUCGGUUUUGGGGAUCGAAACUGACCCCAAAUUGGCAUUCUUCUUAUUGGACAGCAUAACAUGGCAACUAAUGUCAGUCUGGACCCUAAUGACCUUGAGGACAAGUGCAAUCGCUAUGAAGUUCUGUCCUGGAUCAACGAAACCCUACAGACCAAGUUUACUCAUGUGGAGCAGUGUCGUUCAGGAGCAUGUUAUUGCCAGCUCAUGGACUGGCUCUUCCCAGGGACCAUCGACAUGAGCAAAGUGAAGUUUCAGUCCCAAGAGGAGUCUGAUUUCCUGCAGAACUACAGUCUUUUGCAGACAGCCUUCCGGAAAACAGGGGUGACGAAGUCAGUUCCUGUGGACGAGCUUCACAAAGGAAAGUUUAGAUCCACUUUUACCUUUCUAAAGUGGUUCAAGAAAUUUUUUCUUGCCAAUGAGGGGCAUGAGAGACUGUACAACCCAGUUGAAGCCCGUGAUGGUCAGGAUAUUGUACUAGUAGACAACGAAGUCUUUAGGUCUCCGAAAUCCUGGAAAAGUCUGCAUGAUUCUGGCAGCGUAAGAGACGAGCCUGACAUGGAAUUGAAUGGGAAGAUGCGAGUUGUGACUUAUGACCCUAAAUGGCAAAAAAUCACAAAAUGGAUAGGGGCCAGCGAUCUUGGGGACAAUUUUGCUUACUGUACUUUGUGUGACACCAACAUCAUGCUGAACGCAGGUUUUUUUGAUGUGAAACGACACCAGCAGACUAAAAAGCAUAUGAAGCAUGAAAUGGGAGCAUUAAAUUCAUCUGAGAGAAAGCAGGUUGAAGACUCAAGACUCAUGAUUUCUUGUAGUGAAAUCAUGCUGCUCUUCAUCCAAACUCAUUGCCUAUCCAGUUUACCCUCAAGGAUCAGCAAGGUCUCCCAACAUACUGCAAGAUAUAUCCUUGGACUAAAGUACCCAAACGACAUUGUUUCGGCUUGUAAGCUGAACCCAUACUGUGUUUACGUGUGUGGGGAUGUGCCACUUGAUGUAGAGAGUGGAGAAAGGACCUGCCAUGUGGUACUUGUGGGUUUCUUUGAUGAAAAGUUAGCUAAGUAUUCCAUCCGUAUCCUUGAUGUCUUUCAAGCAUUUGCCGAAGACUCAGAUUGUUCUGUAACUGUAUGUUUACUCAACGUCCUGCAAAAGUUUGAGCUUCCUGCUAGCAACAUGGUUGCGUUCUACAUUGAUGACCAGGACCAGACCUCAGAGAGUGUUGCCGUGCAGAUUAGGGAGCUCAACCCAAAGGUGAUUGAUCUUGGAGGACUUUACUGCUUACCAGACUCUGCCUUCAAUGCUGGCUUAAUGGGUCACUUUAGUGAGGUUCAGGAACUUAUUGUAAACAUCUAUGGACACUACUCAACUUGUUCCACCAGUAACGACAAACUCAAGAUGCUGUUUGCAGGAAUUGAUGGACUAAAAGUCUCCAGCCCUCCACUCUCAAUCAGCUGUGAAGAUUUUUGUUUGCUUCUUCAAAGGAUGCUUGGAAUAUGGACAGAUUUGAUGUCAUACUUCAGUUCCUGUGAUGAGAACAAUGAUAAAGCUAAGCAUAUUUGCACCCAGUUGGAGAACCCUAAAAUCAGGGUCACCUUGAUGUACCUGGACCAUACCCUUGGACCAUUACGUGCCUUCGGACAACGGCUGCAACAUUGCAAAGGUUCUGCUCGUGCUGAUCUUGUGCAGAUUCUUCGAGAAGCAAGUGGGCUUCUGCGAUCUUUUGCCUCCAGCUUUCUUCGCCCUCAUGCGGUCAUACGUUACCUAAAAGAACGAGACCCAGCCAUCUUGGAGAACUCAACAUUCUGCCUUCCGGCUACUGAGCUUAGUCUGGGUGGGGCAGUUGAAGACUUCAUCUCUGCCCAAGAAGAGGAACUAGCAGACUCCCUCAAUGUUUUUCAGGAUGAGAGUUUAUCAUUGUACAAAACACUUACUACUAGCAUUGCUAGCUGUCUACCUCUAAGCGAUGGAAUCCUGAGGAGCAUGUCACAGCUGCUCAGUCCAGCAGGAAGGUUAAAGAUUAUGGGAAAGAGUAUAGUUGAACUUGCCGUACAGUUUGGCCUUUGUGCCAAUUCUGAAGAUUCUGCUAAGCUCACCGAUGAAUUCUUGGAGUACCAGCUUGUAGAGGAUAAGGAGCUGAAAAUGGAAGAGGGGUUUGAUGAAGGGCUCCUAGAUACAUCUUCAACCCUUUCCCUGGAGCGAUACUGGAGUAUUGCCCUUAAGACUUUUGCACCAGUAUCCAUCUUCAGGAGACUUGUUCUCAGUCUUUUGGCUUUGCCGUGUCCAUCUCUUGGAGCAGAGAAGAUUUUUGCUCAGGCUAUCGAAAAUGGUGAUGCUGGCCAUUGGGAUGACAGUUCAACCGAAAGUGACUCCUCUUUGGAGCACACUGAAGUCAAGGCACAACGCCACAGAAAUGGGAGAAUGAAAAAAGCCAGAUCGGAGACGGUUCAACACUCAGUCACAGUGAAGCCAUGUGUGGUGCGACUGGAGAAGAUCACCAGUCAGCGAGAAAAUGGAGCAGACGAUGAUGGUAUCUGGACUAGUAACAAAUUUCAGGAGGGCUCUGUUAGGGGAAUAUACGGUUGGGAGAGCAGCUUACGGCAGAAACCACAGGCACGCACCGUCUUUCAGGCCGGUGCAGGCACCUGGAGCAAACCAGUGAACCUAGACAAGGACAGCAAGCACGAGGCGAUGAAGAACGAAGCUCAUUCGUCUGGAUCCAGUGUUUCGACGGCAAGCCCCAAACCUGGGAAGAGAGACAUGACAUACCAGGAUAAUAAGGGUUUUUCCAAAGGAGAGCUGGUGUGGGGGAAAGUGAAGGGCUUCUCUUGGUGGCCUGGGCUGGUGGUGGCAUGGAAGGGCAGAACAGUUCCCGUGUCUAUGAGGCGUGUGGAGUGGUUUGGAGAUGGCAUGUUUUCAGAGAUUCAUACAGAGGGGCUAAUGCCUUUUGCUGCAUUUGCAAAGUGCUUCUGUAGUAAAUCCUUUGAAGGUCUGCCUACCUACAAAGAUGCUAUUUACCAAGUCCUCGAGUUGGCAGGAGAACGCUGUGGGAAGACUUUCUCCAGCUCUGGGAAAAGCACUGAAAAUAUGAAAGCCAUGCUGGACUGGGCAUUUGGAGGUUUCAAGCCCACAGGUCCUGAUGGCUUUAUGCCUCCUGUAGACAGCUCAUCUAGUAAUAAAGCGGAGUCAUCGGAUUCCUCUGUGUCUGAUUUUCAGCCACCAGCCAAAAGGAAGUAUGUCCACAAGAACAGACAGCCCACUCAGGAAUAUACCAGAGAGCAAAUGGUCCAUGAAGUCUCGGUUAAAGGCAAAAACAUUAAAGAUUUCUGUCUGUCCUGUGGAAGUGCCGACAUUGAAAUUUUCCAUCCUCUCUUUGAGGGAAGCCUUUGUUUUAAGUGCAAGGAGAACUUUACAGAGACCCUGUACAGAUACGAUGAAGAUGGCUAUCAGUCAUACUGCACUGUGUGCUGUGCUGGGCUGGAGGUCAUUCUCUGUGGAAAUAAAAGCUGCUGCAGGUGUUUCUGUAAAGACUGUUUGAAUAUGUUAGUGGGACCAGGGACAUUUGAUAAGCUAAAGGAGGUAGACCCAUGGAGCUGUUACGUCUGCCUGCCCUCUAAGAGAUAUGGUGUGCUCAAGCUCAGGCCUGACUGGAGCGUUCGUGUCCAGGAGUUUUUUGCCAAUAACAGUGCUUUUGAAUUUGAGCCACAUAGAGUGUAUCCUUCAAUUCCAGCUCAUCAGCGUCGGCCGAUCAAGGUCCUCUCCCUGUUUGAUGGAAUUGCAACAGGAUACCUGGUUUUAAAAGACCUGGGCUUUAAGGUGGAGCGCUACAUCGCCUCUGAAAUCUGUGAAGACUCCAUUGCAGUUGGGAUGAUCAAACAUGAGGGCCUGAUUGAAUAUGUGAAGGACGUGCGCACCAUCACAAGGAAACAUCUGGCUGAGUGGGGCCCAUUUGACCUCCUGAUUGGUGGAAGUCCCUGUAAUGACCUGUCCAUGGUGAAUCCAGCCAGAAAAGGUCUUUUUGAAGGCACAGGUCGGCUGUUCUUUGAAUAUUACCGCAUGUUAACAUUGAUGAGACCAAGAGAGGAUGAUGAUCGUCCAUUUUUUUGGCUCUUUGAGAACGUAGUUGCCAUGAGCGCCCACGAUAAGGCAGAUAUCUGCCGCUUCUUGGAGUGUAAUCCUGUGAUGAUUGAUGCUGUGAAAGUGAGCCCAGCCCACAGGGCCCGUUAUUUCUGGGGCAAUUUACCUGGAAUGAACCGACCACUGGCUGCUUCGCUCACUGACAACAUAGAUCUGCAGGACUGCCUGGAGGUUGGACGAACAGCAAUGUUCAACAAAGUUCGCACCAUCACCACCAAGUCCAACUCCAUUAAACAAGGGAAGAUGGGACCUCUGCCUGUCACCAUGAACGGAAAAGAGGAUUAUCUUUGGUGUACUGAAAUGGAGAGAAUAUUUGGGUUCCCAAAGCAUUAUACUGAUGUGAAUAAUAUGGGGCGGUCACAGAGGCAGAAAGUCCUUGGGCGGUCCUGGAGUGUUCCCGUGAUCAGACACCUCUUCGCCCCUUUGAAGGAUUACUUUGCUUGCAAGUAAAGCCACCCUCUUGUCCAGGCAGCACUGGCACCAGAGGUAUAAAUGGGGAGGAAUCCGCUACCCACAGUUCAGAUAAAUGAAAUUUGGAUAUAUAUUUUUUAAGGUUUCUGCAGAUUCUGACCUCACAGAAUAUUUUGUCUGUUUUUAACAUUACAAUUUUUUCAAAACUUUCAGAACUUUUUAACCUGAUCAAGUCCUUGGAAUGUACAGACACUUUUGGAUUUGAUUUUGUACAUCAUCAAAAACGACAAGUACUGUUGUUUUUAUCUUGUGUUCAUUUAACACGAUUAAAUGCUGGAGAGAGCCACAUGAUUGUCACCCACUACCUCAGUGCCAUUCUGUGAUUGGUUGGAGAAAUGCCGCUUUAUGCCUAUUUAUAAUUUAAUAAGUUAAUAUUAAUUCUGUUUAGUUUAUCUAAACAAUCAUUUUAACCUUAAGUCAGCUUUUUACAUUAUUACAUCAGAUCUUAUUCUUGUUUAGGAAUAAUCAUGUCCUAUUUUUAAAUAUUGCAAGUAUUUGUGACAUAAUUUUUUUAAAUAAUAAUUGAUAAUCUUUUUAUUCCAAUAUGGUGCUAUUUUAGAAUAUUUCAUAUCUGACCACCAUGACAGCUGUACCCAAGUCGGAAUAGGGUAAAUAUUUUCCUAAUUCGGAUCAUGCUUUCAAAUGAAUAUAAAUCUACACAGCAAAAUCCCCAGUUUAGUUCCUGGCUUUUUAACAUUUUGCUCAAAGGAGUACAUUCAACCUUGUAGAUGUUGAAUUGACUCAUUCCUAUGUACACUCUGUACAUUGUCAUCUCAGCACAAGUCAUUGUCUGUGCCAUUAUAUUUUAAUCAAAGCUUCAGGCUUUUGGCAGAUUUGAGUAAGCUGACAAUGGCCUUCCAAAGCUUUAGGUUUUGAUUGUUUUAACAUCAUCCAUUUGCAGAUCGACACUAGUUUUAAGUCAACGGUUUACAAAAAAAAAAUAAAAAAUUAACCUUGGAACGGCUAGCAUUUCAGACCAUACCAUCACAUCAUGCUACAAUAGAAAGGUCAUCAAUUAAUUUGAAGACCUUAGGGUUUAGGUUGAGUUGAGGUUUAGUAUAUUCUUCCAACACAGCAGUUUUGCCCCAUUUGUUACCUAUACGCACUUUCCUGUUGAAAUUGUUGGCCUUGAGCUGCUGGUCUCAGACUGUUGACACUGCUGCAUUGCAAAUGGAUGUUUCUUUCUUUUGUUUUUUAGUAAGAAUUUAGCAUACCACAAGAUCUAUGUGGAAGUUAGUCACUGUGAUAAUUUAGUGAAACCCUUUUGGACUACAUGAUGCAAUGUGAUCAAGGGCUUAAAUUCUAAAUAAGUGUCUACAGUUGGAUAGGCUAUAUUUUUUAUGUAGAAGGACAUUUUUAGACAUGACAUGAUUUUAGAUUACUUCCGAGGGAAUUAUUUUGUCUAUGCAGCAUUGACAUUACCUUAGCAAUGUCUCAGCAUACACAGAUACCAAGUGUAGUGAUUGAAAACUAUGUUAGUGUGGAAUUAGGUGCUACAUAAUGUGUUUUAUUUUAUUUUGUUCUUUGUAGUUUAUUAGCAUGUUUUUAUUUUUUAGCAGUACACAGAUAAUAGUGAUUCUAACUUUACAGGUUUGUCACAAAAGCUAAUCUUUAGCUAUGGGUAGUUUUCUGAAACAUAAUCAUGAGUCAGUUAACGCUUUGUUUGAUUUUGAAAUAUGGAGUUCUCUACUGUUACUGCUGGCUACACAAUCCCUAUCCUAACAUUGUAUAUUGGAUAUAUUACCAGCUAUCUCAAACUUAGCUUGUUUAAAAUUAUUCAACAUUUGUGUGCCUAGAGCUUUGGAUAAAGAUCAGUAACUGGAUUAAUUUGACUGUGUCUUGAUGCCUGGAUGUUUAAGUCUUGUAGCAAAGCUUUAGAAAUUCUCAAUAACAUCUGUGUUAGUGAUGUGUUGCAUGUGAUUGUGUGAAAUGACGGUCAGUGUUUAAUGUAGAGGUGCAGUGUUGUAUCUUUAUUAGGAAUAACUCCCUCAGGUCUCCUCAACACCAGCAGGCCACAUAGGACCGUGAUCUUUAAUGUAAAUUUUUUUUUUAUUUUAAUUUUUUUAUUCAAUACAUUGUGAACAGAAUAUGCUUAUAUAUUUGUACUCUUGAAAUUGCCCUGAAUACAUCUUUUGGUGCUAUGUUUGGUGCUAAGUGAAAUGGGAAUUAUGUCUGUAGACCUAGAAUGUAGAACAAACAAGACAGGUUUUGUUUUAAUAGCAUUUAAAAUUGUUUCUUUGUCUAACUUUAUUAUUUCAUGCUUGUACUAACAUCAGUGAAUUAAAAUAAAUUGCACCAAGCCUUUUUUUGUUUUUG